CAGUUCCAAGUUGUGCCAACAACCAAAGUCCCAUGCCGAACCAGGUAUAUCGUUUACGAUUGGGAAAUCAGAGCCUCGACUCGACCUUUCCAAGCAAACGAACGGGUCUCGGCAUCCCGAACUACCUUAUUUCUGACAAGCCCUAGCGAGCUUACUUCUUCACGGUGGAUCACGAAGCGGUAGUGCCCGAAGGAUCUGACCUCAUGCGUUGAAUUCGCUUAAUGAGGGAUCCCUACCUGCCAUGUUUUAUUCCCAACAUUUCCCGUAACUAUUAAGCUGGAACAAACCUUCGCCAAGAUAUCGUCUGUCGUUUUUCAAUUCCGAAAACAUUGUUCGGAGCUCAUAUUUCAUCGGUUCACAAUGGGCUUUAUUCUCCAAACGAGCAUCAUCUUCACCGUGAUCCUCGGCGUGGCCUUGCAGCUCGUGCUCAAGGACCCCAUCUGGCUGGGCCUGGGAAUCGGCAAAGAAUUCCAGCCUCUGUCCGACUUCCCCUACUCAUGUCGCCGCAUCGAGGACCCAAGACUGCAGGCAUGCGAGGACAUGUGGUUGUCUGAGGCCACGCGCCAGCUCUUUCUCGCCUGUUCCGAUCCUCUCUCCCGUCAGCAAUGGCUACCAAACGCACAGCACAUGAACGCCUCGGGCCGCUCCACGCGGGACGCCGUUAUCGCGCUGGACAUUGACAGCCCCAAGAGCGAUGCAUUUGAGUACCGCGUUCUCGAGACGCCUGGGUUCACAGGCACCGUCGGCGACGGGCUGCUCCAGCUCGUAGGGAUAACGGGCAUUGACGCACCAAAGGGCGACAGGGUCGAGAUCCUCGUGGUCAACAACGGCCCUUCUGUCGACCCUGUCACUGGCACUCUCCUGGACCAGAAGAGCGUGGGCGCCAACUCGACGAUUGAGGUCUUCGAAACAGGCCCUAAGGCGAUGGGGAUGAAGCACGUCCGCACGUUUGCCAGCGCCAACAUCUCGACGCCGAAUAAUGUCGCUGCAUUGUCUAGCGAGGAGUUUUACUUUACGAAUGCCAACGGACCUCACAAGGUCGGGCUGCAAUUCUUCAUCGGCCCCUUGAUGGGCGACGGCGACGUAUCAUUCUGCUCUGCCUCGAAGGGAUGCAAGCGCGUCUCCGAACGUCACCGCAUGCCCAACGGCCUCGUCCGCGGCCUCGACGGCCUCAUCUACGUCCCGAGCUCCAUGGCGGGCGGCGUGCAGGUGUUUGAAGCGCUCUCAGGCAACAACGGUAACGGACUGAAGAAAGUAGCCGACAUUCCCGUGCCCUACGCCAUCGACAACCUGUCGGUGGAUGGCAAAGGCGACGUCUACGCCGCCAUCUUCCCGCGGGGCAUCGAGAUACUGCAGGCGGCCAAGGACCCGCUGAACGCAAGGCCCAAGAGCGCUGCGGUGCGCAUCCGCAAGGAGGGGGAGGGUGUCUACGUGUGGGAGAAGAUCAUUGAGGACGGGCUUGGGGAGGUGUUGCCUGGGUCUACUACGGUUGUGCACGACGCCAAGACGGGGAGAUUGUUCUUUGGUGGUGUAACAUCGCCGUUUAUUGCAGUCUGCGAGCCCAAGAUCUGAGGGUGAAUUGAGAUUCGAUGCCGUCUCUGGCAUGAAUGUUGACUGUGGAGUUCAUGUCUAUACAAACUAGUAGUCUGUCAUAGUGAGAUGCCGCAGCUUUACCUCCUUCAAAAUCUCAUGUCUCUAAACUCUUUACCGUUGCGCUGUGAGUUGGGAUUGAGAUGAGAAGAGACGAGUACUAUUGGUGCUGCAAGUCUUAAGCACAUGUGAAGAAAUGGGGGUCCAAGGAAUGCUCAUGCCGCUACAGCGGUACUGGCGCCAAGUGGGAUUCACAUGGAAUUCAUUCACACGUGGGAGGCCCAAGACAUUAACUGACUCUUACAAUUGUCCCUACUUAUCAUCAAUUCUACACCCGUUUCACUCGAAUAUGAUCUUCAGUUAGGGCUUGUUUAUUCUCUGCA